AGCCAUCGAUCCUACCUAGAAAUAGUCGCACGAUAUGAAUCCGUGCUUGUUCCCAUGGAAAGACACUCUUCUGUGUACAGUACGUUUGACCCAGCGUGUGUAGACAUCUGAACGUUAGCGUAUGGACUGGGCCGGGUGUACCACAGGGACGUUUUGUCCGAUCCGGUUGAGGUAGGUGCAGGCCCGGCCGUGGAACGCGCGCAGCUGCCACGGUCGUGCAUGACUAGACGACUCGCGACGCGGGGCGUGUCCUAUACUUCAUUCCUCCCAGCCAGAGGCGUGGUCAUGCACGCGUCGUUGGUGCCAAGUUUUGACACGCAUGACGUGCCAAAACCACUGUCACGAUGCAUGUUCAACUCAUCCCCACCCACCCCAUGCAUGCCCAUAUACACACACUGCUUCCUCCUCCAAGCUCAAACACUCCCAAAGCAACCAAGAAGACAGUAGCACUGCACAAGCAGCUAGCAUGGUCUCAUUCUCAUCUCAUCGAUCACACCAAAGCAACUGACAAUGGCAGCCAGCUUCUCUUCCUGCCCGAGCCUCCCCAUCAGCCAUCGCCGGCCGGCGCUGAUCGUCUUCCAGCAGCAACAGCCCUUGACCGGGGGCCGGUCGCUCCCUAACGCGGCGCAACGCCGUCGUUGUUCCUGCCAGGUCGCCUCGGUGGCGACAACCGACCGGUGGGCCCCGGCAGUGACCGGGGACAUUGACCGUGGCUCUCAGUCUCAGCUCGCCGAAACGUCCGGGCGCUCCGACGACGGGCAACUGGCCGCGCGGUGGCGGGAGAUCCACGGCAGCAGCAACUGGGAGGGGCUUCUGGACCCCAUCGACCCAGUGCUCCGCGCGGAGCUCAUCCGCUACGGCGAGUUCGCGCAGGCUACCUACGACAGCUUCGACUACGAACGCUUCUCCCCCUACUCCGGCAGCUGCAGGUACCCGGCCAAGACCUUCUUCGAGGACGUCGGCCUCGUCGGCGCCGGCUACGAGGUCAGCCGCUACCUCUACGCCACCUGCAACGAUCUCAAGCUCCCCAACUUCGGGAACCCGAAGCACAAGUCCGCCGACGACGACAAGCUGUGGAGCGAGUCGGGCACCUUCAUCGGCUACGUCGCCGUGUCGACUGAUGAGGAGACGGCGCGCAUCGGCCGCCGGGACAUCGCCGUCGUGUGGCGCGGCACGACCACCCGCCUCGAGUGGGUGGCCGACCUGACGACCAACCAGAGGCCUUUGUGCGAGAUGGGGAUCCCGUGCCCGGACUCCAACGUGAAGGUCGAGAUGGGGUUCGCGGAGCUCUACACCGGCAAGGACGUGGACUGCCGCUUCUGCAGGUACUCGGCGCGGGAGCAGGCGCUGGCGGAGGUGCGGAAGCUGGUGGAGCUCUACCACGGCCGGGGCGAGGAGGUGAGCGUGACGAUCACCGGCCACAGCCUGGGCAGCGCGCUGGCGAUGCUCAACGCCUUCGACGUCGCGGAGACGGGCGCGAACGCGACGCCGAGCGGCGGGGCGGCGCCGGUCUGCGUGUUCUCCUUCGCGGGGCCGCGUGUGGGGAACCUUGGGUUCCGGGAGCGGUUCGAGCGGGAGCUCGGCGUGCGGGCGCUCCGCGUCGUGAACGUGCACGACUGGGUGCCCAAGGUCCCCGGCGCGAUCUUCAACGAGGCGGCGUUCCCGGAGGCGGUGCUGCGGGCGGUGGACGGGCUGGGCGUGGCCGGCGUGUACACGCACCUGGGCGUGGCGCUGGAGCUCGACCAUAGGGCGUCGCCGUUCCUGAAGGACACCAUCGACAUCACGUGCUACCAUAACCUGGAGGCGCAUCUCCACCUGCUCGACGGCUUCCGGAGCCGCGGCGAGGGGUUCGAGCUCAGUGGGAGGGACCCGGCGCUGGUGAACAAGUCGACCGACUUCCUCCGCGACGAGCACAAGGUGCCGCCGGUGUGGUACCAGGCGGAGAACAAGGGCUUGGUCAAGACGGAGGACGGACGAUGGGUUCUGCGGCCACGCCACAGGGACAUCGCCGAACACCCGGAGGACACCGACCACUACCUCCAGCGGCUCGGUCUCACCACGUCAAGCUUAAUUAUGUGUGGCCUAUCAACUCCCCUUAUUCCGAAGUUCCUGCCGCGCCCCCUGGGCCUGGCCACAUCGGGCAUGUUCGCUUCAGCUUAUAAGCCGACUGAAAAGCUGAAACGGCUGAUUUGUUGUGAGAGGAAAACACUGUUUGGUGGCUGAUAAGCCGGCUGAAUAAGCUGAAGCGAACAGGCCGAUCGUCCCUUUUUCGCGGCGGUCCGAUCGCAGACAAUCAUGUGGUCCGGACGCUGCCACAUGCGCACACAAUUUUGCGAAAAAUCCCUUAAGUUUUUCGCUAAUCAAUUUCAGAUCCAGGGGAGGCCUUCCGUCGACAGUAAA